AGGAUGGCGACCCAGGAGGAGGGCGGCACCAGCCUCUCGGCCGCCCCGCCCGACUCACACCCGGCCACAGGGACGCCCGCCUUGCCUGGCAGCACAAGUGACCUUUCCAAUCCCCAUGACAAUUGCCUGCUGCUGGCUGCUGUCUACCCCCAUCCUGCAGUCUGUGAGACCUGGGAAGAGGAUCACUUGGAGACAGUCCAAAGGGAUUCCGGGUUGCCAGAGAGUGAUUCCAGCCUGCCAGCUCCCCAGGCACAAGAGACCCCUGAAGAACCUUUGUCUGCUCCUGUGGAGGAGCUCCCCCCGCCUGGGGCCUGUCCCUUAAGUGAGGAGUUCUCUUUGCCCGACUUGGACCAUGCGGUGGGAGAGAGCAGGCUCCAGAUGACCCCACUGCACCCACAAGUGGACCAGUCCCCGGACCAGGCCAGCGCCGUCCUCGUUUGCUGUGAGGCUGAGCUGGGAUCUUUGAUCUUGCAGCACGACAGGCGGCAGAACGGGUGCCUGGAUGUGGAAGACGCUCCCUUGGCGGAAAGCCCUGAUCAGGAAGGCUCGUCCCUGAAGUCCUUGCAAAAUAUCGCAGUCCAGACUGACUUCAAGACAGCUGACCUGGAAGUGAACACAGACCAGGAUAUUGAGAAGGACCUGGAUAAGAUGAUGUCCGAGAGGGCUUCGCUGAAGGAGCGCUACCAGGAGGUGCUGGACAAGCAGAGGCAGGUGGAGAAUCAGCUCCAGGUGCAGCUCAAGCAUCUCCAGCAGCGCCGGGAGGAAGAGAUGAAGAAUCACCAGGAGAUCCUGAAGGCCAUUCAGGAUGUGACUGUGAAACGGGAAGAGACCAAGAAGAAGAUGGAAAAGGAGAAAAAGGAGUUUUUGCAGAAGGAACAGGACCUGAAGGCUGAAAUCGAGAAGCUCUGUGAGAAAGGCAGGAGGUUGCUGAAGGAGCAAGAGGAGAAGGAGAACAAGAUCGUUUCGCUCAUUGCUGAGCAGUCCGAGGAGAAGGAGGUCUGGGAGAUGGAACUGGACAAGCUGAAGAGCCAGCACAGCGAAAUCAACCAGUCCAUCCUGGAGGAGACGGAGCGGGCUUGGAAAGCAGAGAUCCUGUCCCUGGAGAGCCGCAAGGAGCUGCUGGUGCUGAAGCUGGAAGAGGCCGAGAAAGAAGCUGAGCUGCACCUCACCUACCUCAAAUCGGCCCCCACCACCCGGGAGAGCCUCCAGGCCAAGCAGGAGUGGGAGAAGAGGCUGAAGACCAUACGGGUGACCAAGGAGAGCGUGCGGGACCGGUUCAAUGAGCACAUCCAGCUGGUGCGGAAUGGAGCCAAGCUGAGCAGCCUCCCCCAGAUCCCCACGCCCCCCCUGCCGCCACCCCCGCUGGAGACAGACUUCUUGCUGCCGGCCUUCCUGCCCAGCUCCUCCUCCUCGCUGGCCCCCCGACUGCCCUUCCCCCUGGGGCCAGUCCCCCUGCCCAUGGUCAUGCCCAGCGCAGACCCCCGCGUGCUCUCCUUCCCUCUGCUGCCCAGCCAGCCCUCCCCUCCCCUGCCCGCCUCUCAGGGCCGCAGCAGCCCCGCCCUCUCCGCUCUGGGCAGCCCCCGCCCGGCCCCUCCCCCAGGCCUGGGCGGGGUCAAAGCAGCCGUGGAAUUCCACAGGCCCCCCCCAGUGGACAAGCUGGACAAGAUCCUGGAGAAGCUCCUGACCCGCUUCCCCCAGUGUAACAAGGCCCAGCUGACGGCCACCCUGCAGCAGAUCAAAGCAGCUCGGCGUACCCUGGCAGGGCUCACCAUGGAAGAGCUGAACCAGCUGGUGGCAGCCAGGCUGGCCGAACAGCAGGACAGGGUGGCCACUGUGGCAGCCGUUGGCGCGCAGCCUCCAGGUCGAAUCCGCUCCUCCAUGUUCCCCGGUCCUCUGCCUCAGAUCAGCAGCCCGAUGUUUCUGCCACCUGCACAGGUGCCCUAUGCUGGGACACCCACCCAGGCUCCCAUGGCCUGCAAACUUUGUCUGAUGUGCCAGAAGCUGGUUCAGCCCAGCGACCUUCACCCCAUGGCCUGUUCCCAUGUGCUGCACAAGGAGUGCAUUAAGUUCUGGGCCCAGACCAAUGCGAACGCUGCCUGUCCUUUCUGCCCGACCCUGAAAUGACCCCACGAUGGAGACACGACGGUGGCGGGACUUGCUGCCGCGAGGGGCUCCCCGCAUUUCUACAACUCUAUAUUUAUACAGCCAUGUAUACACAUGUACAUUUUUAUUCUAUAGGGAAUGUGUGUAUAGGAGGUCCAUAUACAGACUAGUUCAGAAUUAAAGUGUGUAUAUUAUG